AUGUCGGAGGAGAAACGUGUGAGAACAUGUAGCCCAGCAGAGAUUUUGGUAAAGUGGAGACUUGGGACACUGAAGACUCUCAUAGAGGAAUUAGGGAUAACAGUCCAGGUCCGACUCGUGCCUUCAAAGGACAACAAGGCUGACUCUUUAACUAGAGUAAAGAAAGAGUGGUUGGCUCAAACCAACAAACCUGAAAUGAGUAGGAAGAGAGCUGUGAUCGGCGCUGCAACAAGUACCGUUGUCAUGGAUCUGCAUAACCAGCACCACAUGGGGGUUGAACGAUCAUGGUAUCUGGCCAAGGAAGUUGAUCCGACAAUAACAAAGGAGCAAGUGAAAUCAGCCGUGAAGAAUUGUGAGAGAUGUCAGUCGAUAGACCCUGCUCCAUUACAACACGAAACAGGGGGUUUGGAGGUUAGCACAGUCUGGGAGAGGCUUGCAGUGGACGUUACUCAUUUUCACAAUAUACCUUACCUUACUAUGGUGGACUGUGGUCCUGGGAGGUUCACCAUUUGGCGGCAACUCAGAAGUGAAACAGCGCAGUGUAUAGUGGCGGAGUUGGAUCAGGUAUUUUGCGAACGGGGUCCAGUUAGGGAACUUCUUUUGGAUAACGCAACAGCCUUUAAAUCAGAAUUGUUUGUUCAGUUUCUUGAGGGAUGGAAUGUGCAACCUUACUACAGAGCAGCAUAUAGACCUAGUGGGAAUGGUAUUGUCGAACGGAAUCACCGGUCCAUUAAGGCCAUGGCAGAACGUGGGAAUAUUUCCCCUAUGGAGGCGGCCUUCUACUUUAACAGUGCACCACGGUAUAGACAAGAACAGGACACAAUCCCUCAGCAAUCAGUGUUUACGUAUAAGUGGAGGCAGCCAUCAGCGACAGAGAGGGAAUGGGGGGAAACAAACGAGCCGUCUGUCGUGACGGUUGGGGAUGAAGUGUGGGUUAAACCACCAGGUGCACGUUGCACCACGCAAUGGGGUCGUGGUGUGGUGACAAAGGUUAACUCCCGAAACAACGUAGAAGUGAACCAUGUGCCAAGGCACGUGUUAGACUUAAGGAAGGUGGCAACUUCGGAUGAAGAUGAUGCAGAGAGCAAUCAGCACCGUGUGGUGAUUGAUGAGGCGUCCCCACCGAGGUAUCCCCAGCGAGUUAGAAAAGUACCAGCGUGGCAGGAGGAUUAUGUGGUUGGGUAG